CGUCAUUCCUCUUCAUUCAUUUCCCUUCUUUUCAUUCCUUAUUUCGACAACCACCACCACCACUGCCAGACCUCUUUUACAAACAAGACCGGACAGAAAGAAAUAAAAAGCCAUGGUUACCUUCACAGGCUCGGAUAUCGUCCUCUUCGUCAUCGGCUUCUUCCUCCCGCCCCUUGCCGUUCUGUUCAAGGAUGGAUGCGGAUGCGCCUUUCUCAUCAACGUCUGCCUGACAAUCCUCGGCCACAUCCCGGGUGUGAUCCACGCCUGGUGGGUCAUCUACUCGAGCCGCGAAGACCCUCGGGCACAGCGGUACCAGAAUCCAAGGGCCCAUAUCCGUUACCAGGACCAGCAACGGUCAUAUGCGAAUGUCGCGGCUUUACCCCCACCUUCGGGUAAGGCGACCGCGCCGGGUCUGAUUCAUCAGCACCCCUCUCAGCAGAACGUCCAGUAUCAGUAUCAGCAACAGCAACAGCAACAGCAACACCAGCAUUACACGACGUCCACAGGGACAGCAGUGGCGGGUGGUUCGGGACCGGUGUACACGACUCAUACGACACAGUAUGCUGGAGCCCCUGCAGGAGGAGUACCCGUCGAUUCCAAGGAUCCCAACUAUAGGGCUCCUCCUCCACCUUAUUGAGGCUACUCAUAGAAGACUGGAGAAGACGGGGAUGGAUGAGUGAACAUAAUUUGUAUGAUAUAGGCGCGGGCGCGUGAAGCCCGUCAAUACCUCAAAAAAUGGAAUAUGUAUUUCUCAUGCAAAGAAUAAAAGAGAGUUCAUUUGUCUACAUAGAC